AUGGCCUACCCUAAAGCGCAUGGGUCUAAUGCAAACCACAUCAAUUGUUCUGCAGGCAAUAACCAUGGUCGCCAAGAGGCUGAGGUGCUGGCGCUGGCUAGGAUGCCGUGGCUUGAAAAAGUUGGUGAUAGUAGGGAUGAUGAGUUGACCAUGAGAUUGAUCAUUAGAUUCUUAAUAGAAAUCAUGAUAGAAAAGCUUGAAUGGGAGGUCUAG